CACUUUGAAGUUUGAAGUUUAUGUACGGGAUACCUCCUCAGGAUUUUGUUCGUUUUAUUCGGAAUUCUGGUUAACUGUAGAAUAUUCUAUUUUUCAAAAUGGACCAAAUGCUUCCAAGCCCUUAUAACAUUCCUGGUAUUGGGACACCUUUACACCAACCUGAAGAAGACCAACAAAUUUUGCCAAAUGCCUUGCAACAGCAACAACAGCCGCAUCAACAACAACAAUCCCAUUCCUUAGCUACCAUGGCGUCUCCUCUGGUCGGCUUCAGUCUUGGUACACCACAAAGAUCCAUGCACACCUACGCUCCAACAGCUAGUUAUGCUACACCGCAACAAAUGAUGCAACCCCAGACUCCACAAAAUAUGAUGUCUCCAAUGAUUACAAGCAGCAGCUUGGUGGGGCAGCAAAUGCUAAGCCAAGCGAGUCCUGCACCUAUGACCCCCAUGACUCCUCAUUCCGCCGACCCUGGGAUUCUACCACAAUUACAAAAUAUUGUUUCAACUGUUAAUUUAAAUUGUAAACUAGAUUUAAAAAAAAUAGCACUACAUGCGCGUAAUGCUGAAUAUAACCCGAAACGUUUUGCUGCUGUAAUCAUGAGAAUAAGGGAACCAAGGACCACUGCUUUGAUAUUUUCUUCAGGAAAAAUGGUUUGCACUGGUGCCAAAAGUGAAGAAGACUCACGAUUAGCUGCAAGAAAAUAUGCUCGGAUUAUUCAAAAACUUGGGUUUUAUCAAGCAAAAUUUUUAGAUUUCAAAGUACAAAAUAUGGUUGGCAGUUGUGAUGUAAAAUUUCCAAUACGAUUAGAAGGUCUUGUUUUAACCCAUGGACAAUUCAGCUCUUAUGAACCAGAGUUGUUUCCGGGACUCAUAUAUAGAAUGGUAAAACCAAGAAUAGUCCUGCUAAUAUUCGUGUCAGGUAAAGUUGUGUUAACUGGUGCUAAAGUGAGACAAGAAAUUUAUGAAGCUUUUGAUAACAUCUAUCCUAUUCUCAAAAGCUUUAAAAAACAGUAGUGGAGAAGUAUUAAAGCC